AUGGUGGACAGGCAUGGUGUGAGGCCGGACCCGGAAGCAGUGGAAGCGGUGUUGACUUGGAAGGCUCCCAGAACGGACACACAGCUCAUGAGCUUCCUAGGGUUUGCCAACUACUACCGUGAGUUCAUAAAAGGAUAUGCAAACAAGGUGUAUCCGAUGCAGAAGCUGAUGCGCAACAAAGGGGAAAAGUUCGAAUGGAGCGAUAAAGCUCAAACGGCCUUUGAGAACAUAAAACGGGAGCUGUGCGAGGCGCCAGUGCUAGGCAUGCCUACUGAAAAGGGCACGUAUGUUCUUGACACAGACGCAUCAGACGCAUCAGUUCUUGACGUAGCCAUCUCGGGAAUACUGCAUCAGUAG